UAAUAAGAACCAAUCCAAUUGAAGAAUUUUAUUCAAUGAAUGUUUUGAUUGGUUAUCGGUUUUCUAUAAGGUUUGAGUGAUUGACAGCUUAUGAGUUGUGGCGCAUGGCAUUGUAUAUCUUAGUCUGCGUCGGAAUCUUUGAUCAUAGAUCGAAAUUAAUUCGCGCUGAACAGAGCGAGUAAGUUCAGUUUCGCGAUGACUAUUGGAGAAGAAAGACCAUUGGUGACCUCAGAUUUUUACACACAAGCAGAAGAUAAACUUAAGAUAAAGAAUUGUCACGAAAUGAUUGCUCAACAGCGUCUACCUAUUCAUAUGGCUUACUUACAGCCUCAUUUGACGAGUUCAGAAACGAAAGCAUCGCCACUGGCAUUGUUGGCAGCGACUUGUAGUAGCAUUGGGAAACCUGAUAACGAAAAAAAAGACAUCAAAGCUACAUCUGCUAUUUUUAACUCGUUAAGCAGCGGUGAAGAAGAGCACAAAUCGUCGUUUAAACCUUAUAAAAUGGACACAAAACCAGCAAACAGACGAAGUUCUCCUCCGGCACUAAGGUCGAAUGCUAGUCCGAUAUUAUCGAAGCAGUUAUCUAUGAGUAGCACAGUCCACAGUAAACUUAACACGACUGUCUCAAUGAGCGAAUCUGAAAGAGCUCGUUUUUAUCCUCACAGAGACAGUAAGGACUACUACCCGUUACCAUGCCAUUCCGCUUCUCCACCGUUACCGCACUUACCACACAAAACAUCCAUGCUUUCGCCGCAUCACAAUCACAGUGAGUGCGUACAGUGUAAAAAAAUGGGACCUCACUCAGACAUGCCUGCCAUAAAUCGACAGUCGCAGGGGACGCAGUGUACGUGUUUCUCAUGUACCCAAACGAGAACGGAACCUAAAUGUAACUAUCCAGCUGCCCUACCUUCAUUAUACGCGUCGCAUUAUAAGCCGCAGUUGCAACCAAUGAUAACUUGUCGUGAUCCGACCUGUACAAACUGUUCUAAAGUUCCUCCAUCGCAUACUAAUAUUCAAAAUUUCCUUCAUCCCGCUUUAAUACAUCAGUGUACCCAUGGAGGAGGCCCGCAUAAAUCUUUCCCUCCUCCACCACUACCACACCUACCAACAACAAACUCGACGUUUGACUCGUACGCAAAAGCAUCGUCAAAUCCGAAACCUUUUGUUUGCAACUGGGUUUCCGAUGGUAAGCAUUGUGGAAACGGAUUUACAACUUCAGAAGAGUUGUUCCAACAUUUGCGAACUCAUACGAACUUACAACAGCACAAAGCAAAGUGUGAUGGGCAUGCAACCACACCACAAAGCAUGCCCUCCAACAUCCAACCACCGCCUUCAACAAACCCCUGCACUGUACAUGGCUGCCCAUGUGGACAACGCAAAGCCAGUCCUCGACCCACCUUACCAGGGUAUUCAUACGGACCAGCUUCCAGUCCUGUACGAUAUUCGCCAUACAGCAGACCCGGACAUGGUUACGUCCCUCCACCGCAUAGCGUUUUUCAUUAUUAGAAACAACAGAAAUAAUAAUUUAUUAUCAUAGGAAUUUUUAUAUGAAUUUUUAGCGUGUAUAUUCUUAAUUAGAAGCCAUGCCUGUAUCCUCAAA